GUGCUCCCUAUGAAGGUGUAUUUGUGACUAGAAGGCCACCAGAGGCCACCCACUAACAUAAAACGAUGGUUAUUCACGCAGAUAUGAAACUGGGGUGGCCGUCGUUACCCACCACUGGCCACUGUCUCCCUCCAAAACCUUCACUUCUCCCAAGGUACAAAUUAACUAACUAACCGUAUCCUCAACACUUACACAUCUAGCAGACCACAAGAUAGCAGACCACAAGAUGGCCGACUCUGGUGCUCCCAAGUCCUACUCGUCCGACCCCUCACUCUACCUCUACACCUCUUUGACCUCAGGAUCCUCGCACAUUGUCACGGCGACUUCACGGCUGGAGACCAUCCUGAAAGCCAACCGCAUUCCCUUCAUCGCCCUCGAUAUCGCAACCGAUGAGAAGGCACGCAUGAUAUGGGGUCGGAGAGCAGGAAAGGAUGAAACUGGGCGCGUUAGGAAGAUACCUGGUCUUGUGCAGAUGGGAGAAGUACUCGGAGUACGUCUCUUCUCCCCACCAUGACUCCAGGCAUAGCUAAUAGUCCUAGGACCUCGUCGAAAUCGAAGAAUGGAACGAGUAUGGCGAAAUGAAACAACAUGUCAAGAUCGUCGGAACCUCCAACCUCGUUGCGCCAGCUAAAUCAAUGAUGGCUAAGCCUAAGCCUUCAGCCUCCGCCUCGAAGCCCCCGCCUGCUCCAGAGCCAAAGAAGCCCCAGGCUACCCCUCCUUCUACAGCUGCCAAAGCCCCCGAACCCGCGAAAGCACCUGCUACAGAAGAGAAACCCUCGAUAGUAUCUGCAAUACGACAAGCCGGGGCUGAGGCAGCACAAAAGGCUUUGGAUGACAAGAAGAAAGUGGCCGCAACUGUGAGCGGAGUUGUGAAGGCAGAGCCCGCGAAGGAGGUAGAGAAGACAGAAAAGGCGCCAGAAAAAGCAGAAAAGUCACCCGAGAAGGCAACACAGAAACCCCUAAUGCCACCACUUCUUUCUGUGACGGAUCUGCCCUUAGAAAAGCUCUCACUAGAAGAAGUCACCACGAUGCAAAGUCCCACCUCCACAGCUUGGCGAGAAGCCCAGGAUUUAUCCUUGAAUAAUUUGGAUAAUAUAACAAUGCCAGUCUCUUUGAAUGCCAAAUUGGAGUCUAUGCAAAGUCCUAACAGUACGACGUGGAAACCUAAGGUUGUCAAUCCCCCUGUUUUGGUGCAUAGGGGCUCGUCGAUUAGUACUGCGAGUGCUGAGGAGAUUAAGAGCAUCGAGGAGAAGACUGCUAUUAAGGAGGAGGAGGAGGAUGACGAGGAUAACGAUGAGGAAGAGAGCGAGGAAGAUAGUGAUGAAGAAGAAGACGACGACGAUGAUUAUGAUGACGAGAAAAAGGAUAGUGCGAAAGAUACCAAGAAGGCAUGAUUGCGAAUUUAUGUAUGUACGCAGUUACCGGUGAUUACUUGCCUGGGGCUUUCAUGUUAAGAUACCUCUCCUAGCUAAUCUAAGUCUGGGUCACAAAUAUCCCCCUCAAGCUCUUGUUAGUUUCAUUUGCAAAUCCUCUUUACAGUGUUUGACACCCUGCCAUCCUUUUCUACGCGCCUCAAGAUUUGCCGCACACCCGAGAGCUUCACCAGAAUCAAAUGAUUCUAUUUGAGAAUGAAAACUUAUACAGAUUAUUUACCUUUGCCAUCCUUUCAAGCAUGGUCAAAAACUCAUACCUCCGGCUCUUCGCUGGGAGUCAUAAUCGGCCGACAGGUACUCUGAUGCCAACCGUGGUAUAAACACACCCGUUACUGUGGGUACAUGGGUAGACGAAUAUCAUCUGGGCCUUGAUGGUCUUGGAGCUAGAUGGCACUUUUCAAAAAAUGAAGCUUACGACGUCAAAUCUGUAGAUUGCGCUCGGGGCAUCAUUAAGAAGCUAGAGAUCGACUGGCGAUAGAACUAUUCUCAGUUAUAGCUCCUUAGUGACUUCAUAGCAAGUCUACCUCUUAACUAAUGGGCCAACACCGCGACCAACAUGAACGUCAACUUUCCAUCAUUAAUGAUACCCAUCUGCUCCAGACCCCCUGCAUGUCCUUUUGCUGCAUAGUGGCCCGAUGUGCAUGGGUCGCUGGGUCGCUGCCAAGUUAGUCUCUGUUCAUAUUGAUUAGACGAAGUCGGAUGAGAUCAGAUGAGAAAAUACUUUGAGCUUACCCUCGAAGAGGUG